AACGAGUACUGUCGUUGGUGGCGGCGCGUCGUCUCGCGACGCGCGUGACCCACACAGCUCGCGACGCGCGUGACCCACACAGCUCGUACGACGCCAUGCCCCUCACGCGAGCCCAGCGCAACGCGGCGGCGGACCAGGACGCCAGCGCCGACGCGCCGGCGGCGUCGUCGAGCCAGGCUCCGGCGCGACGAGCGUUCGGCGCCGUCGACAACCAGCGAAAAGGCAAGCGCAAAGCGGCCGCGAAGAAGGAGCCCGCGCGCGAGGCCGAGGCCCCCGCGUUGAAACGACAACGGGACGUGCGCUACGCCGUCGACAAGGACGAGUCCGACGACCCCCAGGCCGUCACGGACUACGUCGUCGACUUGUACAAAUACUACCGCGACGCCGAGGAGAAGCGGCCCAUGGAGCUCUACAUGGAGUUCCAGCAGGACAUCAACCCGAAGAUGCGGGGCAUCCUCGUGGACUGGCUCGUCGAGGUGCACCUGAAGUUCAAGAUGCUCCAGCCGACGAUCUACCUCACGGUGCAGAUCAUCGACCGCUACCUGAGCGCGAAGCAGAUCGACCGGAACCAGCUCCAGCUGCUGGGCGUCGCGGCGCUCUUCAUCGCGAGCAAGUACGAGGAGAUCUACCCGCCCGAGGUCGCCGACUGCACCUACAUCACGGACCACGCGUACGACGCGCAGGACGUGCUCGACAUGGAGAUGACGAUCCUCCGCGAGCUCGACUGGAACAUCUCGUCGCCGAGCGCGCACCACUGGCUCGUGCGCCUCGCGCGCGUCGCCCGCGCGCCCAAGUCCGCGGCGGACCGCGCGGAGUACUUCGCGCAGCGCAUGCUCCAGGAGUACGCGAUGCUCGAGUACAAGCCGUCGCUCCUCGCGGCGGCGGCCGCGCACCUCGCGUUCGUCGCCGACGAGGGCUGCGACGACGGCUGGCCCCGGGCCUGCGAGCGGCUCACGGGCUACACGGACGUCGAGCUCUACCCCUGCUGCAAGGCCAUCUCCUACCACAUCAACCGCGCGGCCAAGGACGACGCGAAGCGGCAGCUCGUCGCGUGCAAGAAGAAGUUCUCGCGCCACGACUUCUCCACCGUGUCCUUCGGCAAGUGCCCCGUGCUCAAGCGACCGAAGCUCAUCGACCUCCCGGACCUCGCCGACUAGCCCCGCCUCGCCUCCGACGCUCGCCGGCGCGACGGCGGACGCGCGCGCCGCGCGCGCGGGCCCGAGCCCGGUAAGAGCCCCCGACGCU